AUGACAAUCAAAGGCAGACAACUUUUCGUUGGCAACGAUUUAUUUAGAAAGGCUGGUAAUGUGCAACGUGCAAAUAUCAUGCAAAGUCGCGAUGGUCGGUCUAAAGGACAUGGCAUUGUGCUCUAUGCUACAGUUGCAGACGCACAAAAAGCCAUAUCAGAAUUUGAUGGAUAUGAAUGGCAUAGUAGAAAGUUAGAAGAUCGUAUUGCAAAUGAUUACCCUCCACCUCCACCACGUACGGAGUGUGCCAAUAAUAUUGAUCAAACUGAGUCGGAAAACGAUAUAAUCACUUCAACUAAUGGCUUAUCGGUAUCAGUGAAUUCAAAUGAUAUCAAUGCCACCUCAUCAUCAACACAAACUACUACAUCACCGGUAGAUUAUUCAAUUACAAAAAUUACAAAUAAUGAAAUUCUUAACAUGAAUGGCACAAAUAUUAACGGGAUUACGAAUGGAACAACAUGUAAUGAGGAAUAUACGAAAAAUAAUCCCUCUACAGCGGCUAUUAAUUCUUCGACCUUACAAAGACAAUUAUUUGUUGGAAAUCUACCAUUUCGUGUGAGAUGGCAAGAUUUGAAGGAUCUAUUUAGAAAAGCCGGGACGGUCAUACGCGCAGAUGUUGCGCUAGGAUAUGAUAAUAGAUCAAAAGGUCAUGGGACCGUGUUAUUUACAACUCUUGAAGAAGCAAAAAACGCGAUCGCUAUGUUUAAUCAAAAACCUUGGCAAGGUAGAAUCUUGGAGGUACGAGAGGAUCGAGGAUAUGUUGAUCCAAAUGUUCAAAAUAACGUUAAUGGACUUGAAGGCCUUUUCUAUGGACCCGCUAGAAUUCAGGCACCUCAGCAAAAUUAUGCUGGGAAACUACUUUUCGUUGGAAAUCUACCAUUUAAUUGUCAAUGGCAAGAUCUGAAAGAUCUCUUCCGUAAUGCUGGAAAUAUUAUCAGGGCUGAUGUUUCAACUAAUUAUGACGGACGAAGUAGAGGUUUUGGUACGGUGUUGUUCGCGACACCUGAGGAUGCUAGGAAUGCUGUUGGGAUGUAUAAUGGCUAUGAAUUUCAAGGAAGGACUUUACGUGUCCACUUUGAUAAAUUUUCUUUUCCACCUUUGCCUCCGCAUCAUCAUCAUAAUCCACCUCCGCAUCCUGCACAUUUGACCGUACAUCCACAUCAUAGACCGCCUCCUCCACUUAUGUCGAAUAUUCAUAAUUUUCAUUUGGGUCAUCCACCACCAAUUCCUCAUCAUCAUUUCAUUCCUCCUACUCACAUGGGACCAUUUUCACCACCUUUAACAACACCAUCAUUAACUAGUCCUACACCAUUUCCAACUUCUUAUAAUCCGUUCGCACAUUUAAAUAACCUACCAAAUCCGAAUACAAAUGCCGCUUCUUCAUUUCAACCUAUUCCAAUUGUUUCUUCAGUCGGUUCUGUUGUUCAUGGGAUUGGAGCUAAUUCACUGCAAAACUUCAAUCAGUCAUCACAAAAUGUUUCUCAAGAUCAACCAAUUGCGACACCAACAACGCAAUUUUCCAGUUUUGGUCCAAUUGGGAAAACUCAACAUUCACCCCAAAUAUCAUCAACAAUUUCGAAUUUUAGUGCAUUAGGAACCUUUCCAGCACCUUCUUCAAAUACGACAAAUGGAAUUGCCAAUAAUAAUGGAAUUAAUGGGACUACAGAUGUUACUAAUAAUAAUUAUGGCACUGGCAAUAAUCCAAUACAUAAUUUAACAUCAAAUUUUGGAAAUAUUCAUCUUAGUCCAACCCCACAACAAUUAUAUUUCCAUCACCAUCACAUUCCUCACCAUCGUCCACCAGUGAUUCCAACAGCUUAUCACCAUCAUCCUCCUCCUCAGUGGACUUGUUCCAUAACAUCGGCUGCAUCUAACGGAUUAGGUAGCGUUGUUCAUCCAACGUCGUCCUCUUCUAAUGUAGCCAAAGAAACUGAUAAUGGUAGUAAAAAUGGUAUUAUAGGUUCAAGUUCUACCACGACUGAAGUAACAAAUAACUCGGUGAAUAACGAUAAUAAUUCACCAAAUUCUGUUCCUACUUCAAUGAUUGUCCCGUCUCAAGGUUUAUGGGAUAAAAGUACCCCGGCCAUGUUAUCUACUACGACAGUUUCAAAUGGAUCUAAUGGAAAUGUUAACUCAGGUAAUAUUAUGAGCAUAGGGAUGACAUCAUCCCUGACUGGAAUGAGCGGACUUGAUAGUCCAGUCUCUCCGAUGGUAAUACCGACUCAAUCUGUCUUUGUAAGGAAUAUGGAAUUAGAAUUUAGGGAUUAUUUGGUAUUAUAUGAUCAUGAUCGUAUGAAGGUGUAG